UGAAGAUGUACGUCGGCUCGGUAAUGGGACAUGUACACUGAUCAUCAGAGCACUGAUGAUCAGUGUGCCCUGAUGAUCAGUGUGGCCCCAGCAGUGCCACCUGUCAGUGCUCAUCAGUGCCUCAUGCCAGUGCACAUCAAUGCCACAUAUCAGUGCCCAUCUGAGCUGCCUUUCAGAGUCACCCAGUGCCAGUCAGUGCCACCUAUCAAUGCCUAUCAGUGUUGCCAAUCAGUGCCGCCUAUCAGUGAAAGUCAGUGCCACCUAUUAGUGCCAGUCAGUGCUGCCUAUCAGUGCCAUGUAUCAGUGCUGCCUUUCAGUGCCCAUCAUGAUGCCUGUCAAUGCCCAUCAGUGCCACCUACCAGUGCCUCCUCAUCAGUGCCCAUCCAGUGCCACCUAUCAGUGUCCAUCAGUGCAGCCUAUCAGUGCCCAUCAGUG